AUGCCUGUAUCGAUCGAAGCCAGACAGUCGCGGAAUUUUGCUUGUGCGGGCUUCGACGCGAACAAGCCCACGAUCUUCAAGAAGAGCUUCACUAGCCUGCCUGCCAUAUCGAAAUGGUUCACACCUUCCACAACUAACUCACAAGCAUAUGGAAUCAAUACAUCUUACCUAGAGCAGCAUGCCUCGUCUACAGUCCCCUUGGAGCUCACACGUUCCUUCCCAAACGCGCCGCCAACGUUCGAACGCUUCGAAGCUCCCAUCUCGCUCCUCCUUGCUCACAUGAGCGGCCCUCCAACUCCAAAUCUACACAUGUACCUCGCGCAACACUCUCUCGCCGACCUGCCAGCCGUCCUGCAAGCUGAUCUCCCCACGCCGGCGCUCCUGACCAAGCUCGGCCGCGGUGACAUCUACGCCUCGAGUGUGUGGCUGGGCAGACCGCCAACACGUACGCCGCUUCACCGCGACCCAAAUCCGAAUCUAUUCGUACAAUUGGCCGGUCAGAAAGUCAUCAGAUUAUUCAGGCCUGAGAUUGGGCGUGCAUUGUACGAGAGAGCAAAGCUGAGAGCAGGUGGAGGCGGUAGAGCCAAUAUGAGAGGAGAAGAGAUGAUGGUUGGAGAUGAAAUGCAGGCUCUUGAGGAAGCUGUGUGGGACAGUCAGGAUGAAGCUGUAGAGGGCGUGGAGGCUCAGUUAUCUGUUGGUGAUGGUCUGCAUAUUCCGCUGGGCUGGUGGCAUGCGGUCCGAGGGACCGGCGAGGGCGCAAAUUGUUCUGCCAACUGGUGGUUUCGAUGA